GCGUGCACGCAUCAUCAUCGGGGGUUCCACCUGAUUCACCAUCAAUCCAUCUCAACACUUAGUGCUAGCUAAUCCCCGAAUUCUGUGCUCCUGUGCUCAUCACCCAUUCGAGUCCUUCAAGUUGUUUUCUCCGGGAAUUUUUCGUCGGUGAUACAGUGCCACGUGAAAAUCAAUCAAUCAGUGAAGUGACCGGCAAUUAAAUCCUGGAGAUCAACCCGCACAGGACUUGGAGAUUAACAGUUGAUGGUGAACGUUGGAAUGCGGUUGUACAGCCUGAUUUUGGUCCAUCUCCUGCUUGGAGGGGUAAUUCGAGCUGAGGAGGUGGAGGUGAUAGAGGCAAUAUCGGGGGAUGAGAAUCGAAAUGAGAAUUCUGCCUUGAGCCGCCCGGAGAGUGACUCCAGUGCCUCCGAUCAGCUGGCACUGGAGUCAAUGGGUGACAAGGAUAAUCCUCCAGGUGGUUCCGGGCAGUAUGGAAAAAAUGGCUUGCGGGGGCAUCAAUUGGCGCUGCCACCGCGGUUGAAUCUUGGUCCGUCGCACCAGAGUGUUGCCUACCACGGACCACCACCGCCGCUGCCCGGGAAAGGAUCUGGACAGACGGAGGCGAUGGACAAGAUCUUCACAACUGGCAGUGGCUCAGACCUGUGGCCAGCCACUGCUCCCGACAUGCCAAAAAUUAUAUCUCUGGAUGUGAAAUGUGAGAAAAAUCUCAUGAAGGUCUAUCUCGAGUUCGACAAGCCCUUCUACGGGAUCGUCUUCAGCAAGGGCCACUUCAGCAACAUCAAUUGCAUGUAUCUGCCGGCGGGCCUGGGGAGGACCUCCGUGAACUUUGAGAUUGGAAUUCACGCGUGCGGCACAUCCGGCAAUACCGAGAACGGAUUGUACGGUUAUGGGGCUGAGUCGGGAUCGGGAACCUACUUCGAGAACAUCAUAGUCAUUCAGUACGAUCCCCAGGUCCAGGAGGUGUGGGAUCAGGCGCGGAAGUUGCGCUGCACCUGGCACGACCUCUACGAGAAAUCGGUGACGUUCAGGCCCUUCCCCGUGGAUAUGUUGGACGUUGUCCGGGCGGAUUUUGCUGGGGACAACGUCGGCUGCUGGAUGCAGAUCCAGGUGGGAAAGGGACCCUGGGCCUCCGAAGUCUCUGGCCUCGUCAAAAUUGGACAGACCAUGACCAUGGUCCUCGCGAUAAAGGACGAUGAGUCCAAAUUCGAUAUGCUCGUUAGAAAUUGCAUGGCUCACGACGGCAAACGCGCACCCAUUCAAUUAGUCGACCAGAAGGGCUGCAUCACCAGACCCAAACUCAUGUCCAGGUUCACGAAGAUCAAGAAUUUUGGGGCUAGUGCAUCGGUUCUGUCGUACGCACACUUCCAGGCAUUUAAAUUCCCGGAUUCGAUGGAAGUGCACUUCCAGUGCACAAUCCAGAUAUGCAGGUAUCACUGCCCGGAUCAGUGCUCUGAGGGUGGGGGAAUUGAGGGUCCAGGAUUCCUGGAGGGUCAUCCUGACGUAGGCUAUGGGCUGCCACCGCCCCUGCCUCUUGAUGCGUAUUUACAGGCGAUCGGACCUGGCGGGCCUCGGGACGAGCGCAGGAGGAAGUCCAGAGACCUGGGGAAACCAUCUCUUCAAAAUAUCGGAGUUAAUAGGGUCAUCCGAGUCGUAUCCACUGGAGAUUUGACAUUCGCUAUUGACGAGAGCAAGGAGGAACCCAGUCCGGACACCACUUUGGUCUUUCCAGUCCGGGAAUCCGCUCCAGGGUCUACCAUGAUCUGCAUGACCACUCCAGGAUUCGCUUUCACUCUCAUUGUCCUUCUCGCUGUUCUGCUAAUCUCUUGUGUACUCUCUGCCUACCUCUGGAUUCGGCUAAGGCCGUUCGCCAGGAACAAGGGAUUGUCCGCUAGGUUCACGGCCCAACCCAAACAGCAGCAGACUAAAAUGUGCUUUUACUCAUAGCUUUGAGGGCUUCCCAACGGAUUUUUCUUGUUACCGGGGACACUGGGGAUGUGCGUAUGAAAUAUUUUGUUCUUGGUUCUUGAAUACGUGGAUACAACGGUCUCUUUAUUGUUGGAGUAUUGACAAAACGCGGCGAAAAUUGUUCUAAUUCUUAUGAUAAAUCUAGAAGAUUCUAGAUAAUUCGUGAAAAUUCCAGGAAAAUUUGUGACAUUUAUUGAUUUUUUUUAAAAUACACAAAGAAGUUUGUGAUUUCGUGGGAAAAAUAUUUGAUCGGGGUUUUCUUCAAAAAUAUGAGAAAUCCGACGAUAAAAAAAAAUAAUAAUAAGGGCAUAGUAUCCACGUAAAAUAACGGAUGUUUCACAGAUGCGGCAACCUGUUUUUUUUUUUUUUUUUGGUAGAUAUUCAGUGUCUACCGUUUCUGGGUUUCGAUGGAUGGGUUUUCUAAUCACUAGUCUGACGGUGCGCUCGGCGCACCUCUAUGACAUGGGAAUAGCAAAUGAGCGGGAAAAACUUUCGAGAUAUUUCGAGAUGAUGAGAAAAAAGAAUGUUUUUAUGAUAAUAAAAAAUUGUUCUGCAGGUAAAGGUCGACGAAACAGGCAUUGAAUAUUAAAAAUAGUUGUAUGAUUAAAAUAUGAAUACCAUUGACACAGGACAUUUUCGUAGGAACAAUGGUUUAUGUCGAUGAGAAGAUUCAUUCUACCUCUUUUCGGUGGGAAAGCCUCCUCGAUCGUGACGUACGUACCGGAGGCUAAACAAUUUGUAAGUUGAUGUGUGUCUCUAGAUUAUCAAUGACAUUGUACCAUUGAUAUUCUCCAGACAUGUGUGCACAUAGGGGCAUUGUGCAGAUAACUGUCAUAUGAUGGGGUCAGUGAGCCGAUUCACAUGAUGACUACAAUAAAUAAGUCAAUUCGAUGUUGACAGUCGCGCGAUGCAUUUAGGAUCAGUCCUAGCGAUGUACUUGAAUUUUAACAAAUUAUUUAAACAAUGCCUACACCUCCUUCCUCUAAAAUUUUCAUUUUUUUUUAU